AUGAGUGAAGAUAAUAAUAGUAAUAAUAUACCGUCUCAUAUUAAUGAGACAUCAAGAUCUCCGAAUAAUAAAAUCCUUUCACCAUUUGAUGAUGUCUUUGAAUUCGGUACAAGUGACCCAUUCACUUCCAAUGAAAAUCGAUCACAACAAGAACAUCAAAACAAAUCAAAUGUAAGAACUGGUAGUAGUAAAUCCGAAGGAACCGAUAGAGACCUAAGUAGUGAUAGUCCCCAGGAAAAGAAUGACGUUCAUUCUUUUACUAAGACACCGAUGCUAGGGGAGGACAUGGCAAAGUUUGAAUCAGUAGAAAUAUUUGAAAAUUCGGAUUCAAAGGAUGUUUCCACACAGGAUUUGAAUCAAUCUACUAGAGGAGAUAUGAAUGAGGUUAAGAGAAUGAGGUUUGCUACUUUAAGAGAUAAGACACAUUCGAAGAAUCUAGGUGUGGAUCGUUCAAGGACAAUGAAAUGGGCACAACAGAAUAUUAAGAAAGCAUUCCAGGAUGAAAAAAAUAUUGAUGAAGCGGAGGAUGCUGCAAGACGUAAUAGAUCUUCGGAAUUACGUUCUGUUUAUUUUAAUCUACCUUUACCUAAUGACAUGAAGGAUGAAGAUGGGAAACCAAUUAUGAAUUACUCAAGAAAUAAAAUUAGAACCACGAAAUAUACACCUUUAUCUUUUUUCCCCAAAAAUAUUUUUAAUCAAUUUAAAAAUUUUGCUAAUGUUUAUUUCUUAAUCUUAAUUAUUUUAGGUGCUUUCCAAAUCUUUGGUGUCCCUAAUGCAGGUCUGGCAGCUGUGCCGUUGAUCGUUAUUGUUAUCCUGACUGCUAUUAAGGAUGGGUUCGAGGACUCAAGAAGAACAAUAUUGGAUAUGGAAGUUAAUAAUACAAAGACUCAUAUAUUGGAUGGUAUGGAGAACGACAAUGUUCCAUUUGACAAUGUUUCACUAUGGAGAAAAUUCAAAAAGGCAAAUACUAGAUUAAUGAUGCAAUUCUUUCAAUUUUUAAGUGAACAUUUUACUGCUACGGGCAAAGAAGCAAGAAAGGAUAGAAAAUUAAAAGAAAUGAGAAUGAAAAGAGCUGGGGGGAAGGAUCUACCAAGAAAUUCAUUGGAUUCUUACCAGAGUUAUAGACCAUCUGCUGAUUAUACGCGACCUUCCUACGAUAUGAUUCGUCCAUCCUUAGAAUAUGAUAACAACACGAUUAAUUAUGGUGACAAAACUAAUAGUAACGCUACCAUACUUGAUCCAAAUUUACCACUGAGACCAGAAUGUAAAUUUAAGAAAAAUUAUUGGAAAAAUGUACGUGUAGGUGAUAUUGUUCGUGUUCAUAAUAAUGAUGAAAUCCCUGCUGAUUUGAUUAUUUUAUCCACCUCAGAUAAUGAUGGAGGUUGUUAUGUUGAAACUAAAAAUUUAGAUGGGGAAACUAAUUUAAAAGUCCGUCAAUCCUUGAAAUGUAGUUCCAAUGUUAAAACAUCUCGUGAUAUUACAAGAACCAAAUUUUGGUUAGAAAGUGAAGGUCCCCACUCUAAUUUAUACUUAUACCAAGGUAACUUGAAAUGGAUAGAAUCUGAUACUAACACAUACCACAAUGAACCUAUUUCCAUCAACAACAUGUUAUUGCGUGGUUGUACUUUAAGAAACACCAAAUGGGCAAUGGGUGUGGUUUUAUUUACUGGUGAUGAUACUAAAAUCAUGUUAAACUCUGGUAUAACACCAACUAAAAAAUCAAGAAUCUCAAGAGAAUUAAACCUAUCUGUUUUAUUUAACUUCGUAUUUUUAUUCUGUCUAUGUUUCGUUGCUGGUAUUAUUAAUGGUGUUUAUUAUAGUAGAAAACCUGAGUCAAGAGAUUUUUUCGAAUUUGGUACUAUUGCAGGGAAACCUGCAACAAAUGGGUUUGUCUCAUUUUGGGUCGCACUUAUCCUGUAUCAAUCAUUGGUUCCUAUUUCAUUAUACAUUUCUAUUGAAAUUAUUAAGACAGCACAAGCAAUUUUUAUUUAUUUGGAUGUCAUGCUUUAUAAUACUAAACUUGAUUAUCCAUGUACUCCCAAAUCAUGGAAUAUAUCCGAUGAUCUGGGACAAAUUGAAUACAUUUUUUCAGAUAAAACUGGUACUUUAACUCAGAACGUAAUGGAAUUUAAAAAAUGUACAAUUAACGGUGUAUCUUAUGGUCGAGCUUAUACAGAAGCACUAGCGGGACUAAGAAAGAGGCAAGGUAUUGAUGUGGAGGAAGAAGGUCAACGUGAACGUGAAGCUAUUCGUAUCGAUAGGGAAGAAAUGAUCAAUAAGUUGGAAUCGAUCUCAAACAAUUCACAAUUUGAUCCAGAACGAUUGACUUUUGUUUCUAAGGAGUAUGCAAAUGAUUUGGAUGGAGCCAGUGGUGAUAUUCAACAAAAAUGUUGUUCUCAUUUUAUGUUAGCAUUAGGUCUAUGUCAUACUGUUCUAGUAGAGAAAAAUGAACAGGAUCCAAAUAAAUUAGAGCUUCAAGCGCAAUCUCCAGAUGAAGCAGCUUUAGUUACAACUUCAAGAGAUGUUGGUUUUUCAUUAAUUGAUAAUAAGAAGAACAUAAUAGUUCUAGAAAUCCAAGGUGUACAAAAAGAGUUUGAAGUUUUAAAUAUUCUUGAGUUUAAUUCUACUAGAAAGAGAAUGAGUUGUAUUAUCAAAUUACCCGCAAAAGAUGCUAAUUCUAACCCAACUGUACUACUGAUUUGUAAAGGUGCAGAUUCAAUCAUAUAUUCAAGAUUGGAUACUACAAAAAAUGAAGAAAGUUUAUUAGAAAAGACAGCGUUGCAUCUUGAACAAUAUGCCACUGAAGGUUUAAGAACUUUGUGUGUUGCGCAAAGAGAAAUUAGUUGGACGGAAUAUAUGGCCUGGAGUGAAAAAUAUAAUGUUGCUGCUGAAGCUCUUGUUGAUAGAGAAGCUGAAUUAGAUAAAGUAUCUGAAUUAAUUGAACGUGAUUUGAUAUUACUUGGUGGUACAGCCAUAGAGGAUAAAUUACAAGAUGGUGUCCCAGAUUCGAUUGCACUUUUAGCUGAAGCUGGUAUUAAGCUUUGGGUGUUGACUGGUGAUAAAGUUGAAACAGCUAUCAACAUUGGAUUUUCAUGUAAUGUUUUAAACACAGAUAUGGAACUAUUAGUUAUCAAAGCUGAAGGUGACGACGUACAAGAUCUGGGUGAUAACCCUGAAUCUAUUGUUUUGAACCUAACUUCUAAAUAUUUACAUGAAAAAUUUGGACUAUCAGGUACCGAAGAAGAUUUAGAAAACGCAAAGAAUGAUCACUCAGUUCCAAAGAAUGAUUUUGCCGUAAUUAUUGAUGGUGAAGCAUUGAAAAUUGCUUUAACAGGCCCAGAAAUGAGACGUAACUUUUUAUUGUUAUGCAAGAAUUGUAAAGCUGUUUUAUGCUGUAGAGUUUCACCAUCUCAAAAGGCGGCUGUUGUUAAAUUAGUGAAGCAAUCUCUGGAUGUUAUGACAUUAGCUAUUGGUGAUGGUUCAAAUGAUGUGGCAAUGAUUCAGUCCGCUGAUGUCGGUGUCGGUAUUGCAGGGGAAGAAGGUAGACAAGCCGUUAUGUGUUCUGAUUUCGCUAUUGGCCAAUUCCGUUAUUUAACAAGAUUAUUAUUAGUACAUGGAAGAUGGUGCUAUAAGAGACUUGCUGAAAUGAUUCCACAAUUUUUCUACAAGAAUUUAAUUUUCACAAUGACUUUAUUCUGGUAUGGUGUUCAUAAUGAUUUUGAUGGUUCAUAUCUAUUUGAAUUCACAUAUUUGACAUUUUAUAAUUUAGCCUUUACAUCUGUUCCAGUCAUCCUAUUAGGUGUACUUGAUCAAGAUGUGUCAGACAAAAUUUCCUUGAUUGUUCCAGAGUUGUAUAGAUCUGGUAUCCUUCGUAAGGAUUGGAAUCAAACAAAAUUUUUAUGGUAUAUGUUUGAUGGUCUGUACCAGUCUGCCAUUUGUUAUUUCUUUCCAUAUUUGGUAUACCGUAGGAAUAUGAUUGUAACUAAUAAUGGUUUAGGAUUAGACCAUCGUUUCUAUGUUGGUGUCCCUGUCACUGGUAUUGCUGUUAUUUCCUGUAACAUGUAUAUUCUUAUGGGUCAAAAACGUUGGGAUUGGUUUACUGGGUUAUUCAUAAUUUUAUCCAUUGCCGUAUAUUUCGGUUGGACCGGUAUUUGGUCAAGUUCCCUUAACAGUUAUGAAUUUUUCAAAUCUGCCGACCGUGUUUACUCUACCCCAUCCUUUUGGGCUGUCCUUGUGAUAGGUAUCUUCUUCUGUAUUUUACCAAGGUUUACAUUCAAUUCUGUUCAACAAAUGAUAAAUCCAACAGAUGUCGAUGUUGUUAAAGAGAUGUGGGCCAACGGUGCAUAUGACAAUUACCCUGAGAAUUAUGACCCCACCGAUCCAGAACAAAAGAAAAUCAAACGUGACGAUUAUAUGAUAGGUGAUAAUAUGUUCGAAGGCGAAUACAAUCCCCAGGAUGCUGUAGGAGGUGAUUCUGCUAUGGAAUCAAGGGACUCUGUGAUUGUUGAAGAAAUCCCUAUGGAUUCAUACGAUAAGAGUGCUAGAGAUCAAGAUCAAGAUAUACGAUGGGUGCCUUCGGUGUCAUCAGAUGUUACAGGGCGUGCCCCAAUGAAAUCAAUGGAUUCAUGGGUAGAAGGCAGGCGUUCUAUGAAUCAAUCGCGUGUUAGAACGUCGUUAGAUAGAACAAGGGAAAGUAUGUUAGCAUCCAAUCAAUUGGAUAAUAGAUACAGUGUAGAACGUGCGCGUGUAUCGUUAGAUCUUCCAGGUUUGACACAAGCUGCUAAUUUAAUGAAAAAAAGCAGUAGAUCAUGA